CAUAUUGCUGCGUACUGUUACGCCCUUUAGUCCUUUCCCUCUGUGCGUUCUAUUCGUUCUCUCGUUUCCGGAUAUUGCAGCGUGACCGACGUUUCGUGUCUUUCACAGACUUAAAAAUGCGUUACGUGGCCGCUUACCUGUUGGCUGUGCUGGGUGGCAACAACAACCCAUCCGCUAAAGACAUCAAAAGCAUCCUUGGGAGUGUUGGAAUCGAGGCCGACGAUGAGCGUCUUAACAAGGUCAUUAGUGAGCUUAAUGGCAAGGACAUCAAUGAAGUCAUGAAUGCCGGCCUAUCUAAGUUAGCCUCCGUACCAGCAGGUGGUGCAGUGGCCGUCUCUGCCGUAGCUGCUUCUGGCGGGGCCGCUCCUGCUGUCGAAGCACCUGCAGCGGAAGAGAAAAAGGAAGAGAAGAAAGACGAAUCCGAAGAGUCUGACGAAGACAUGGGCUUUGGCCUCUUUGAUUAAUCUGUCUUUUUUAUUUCUAAAAAACGCAAUAAAAAAGGAAACAUUUGA